AUGGAAGUUAAACGUUCCUCAUAUAAUAAGCUGAUCGAGCUUUUGCAAAAAGACGCAAAAAUUCAAAAGCCCAUUAAAAGAAGAAAGCUAGCAAAAGACACAUAUUCUGUAGAUAAAUCUUUAUUUCAGCAGGAAGAAUAUUCGGCAAAUAAAGAGACUGCUAAGACUUCUAUUGUUCAUACAGAGGAAGUGAAAAAGGCAAAACCAGAAGAAAUUUCCUUGAAAACAGAAAAUAAUAAAUUAAGUAAUUCUGAUUCCGAAGAAGAGGAAGAUUAUCAAGAUAAUUACGAGCAACAUUAUGGCGAUCACGAUCCAAAUUCUUUAAAGAAUCUGAUUUCAAUUGUGGAGACUAAAGCAUGGAAUGUGACAAACUAUGAAGAUCCAUCUUUAAAAUUAGUAUCAAAAAGUAUGACGAACGAUGAUUGUAAAGAAUCCCCAAUAAUAACUCAUCUUAAUCCAUCUAAGAUCAAGAAACGAAUAUUCGAAUCUUGGACAAAACUUGACGAAAAUGGUGAAUAUUUGACUGAGCUGCAGUCGGGUUUUCUCCAUCAAUUUUUACAAUAUCGUGAUAUUCUCUAUACGAAUCGGAACAUUAAAGAUGCUCGUGAAAUCAGACAUAUAUACGCAUUGCAUGUGUUAAAUCAUGUCUUCAUUGGACGAGAUCACAUAAUCAAAAACAACGCAAAAAUUGCACGUGCUCAAGCAACAAACAAAGAAAUAAAUGAAAUUCGUGAUCAAGGAUUCACAAGGCCCAAAGUUUUGAUUCUAUUGCCUUUUAAAAAUUCGGCAUUAGAUUUAGUCAAAAUAUUAAUUACUUUAUCAGGGUCUCAGCAACAGGAAAACCGUAAAAGAUUUUUUGAGGAGUUUGAUAUCCCAAAGGAAGAGGAAACUAUAAACCCUAAUAAGCCAGCCGAUUUUUUAGCAACUUUUCAAGGAAAUAUAGAUGAUUCCUUUCGAAUUGGUAUAAAAUUUACUCGCAAGACAAUGAAAUUAUAUGCUGAUUUUUAUUCGGCCGAUAUUAUUAUCGCUUCACCUUUGGGUCUAAGAAUUAUAAUUGGGGCUGAAGGUGACAAGAAACGAGAUUUUGACUUCUUAUCUUCGAUCGAGUUGCUUAUUAUCGAUCAAUGUGAUACUUUGUUAAUGCAAAACUGGGAUCACGUUGAGCACAUUUUUGAUCAUCUCAAUUUGAUUCCGAAAGAACAUCAUGACUGUGAUUUUGCUCGUGUAAAGAAUUGGUAUCUGGAUGGCAAUGCAAAAUAUCUUCGGCAAACUCUGCUUUUUGCCGACUAUUUGACGCCUGAAAUGAACGCAUUAUAUAAUACAUAUCUUUUUAAUAUAGCCGGUAAAUUAAAAAUAAAACAUCUACAUCAAGGCUCGAUAUUAGAUGUAAUUCCUCAAGUUCAACAGAUUUUUAUCCGCAUCGAAUCCUCUUCUUUGCUUGAUGCUGGUGAUGCACGAUUCAAAUACUUUACUGAAAAGACACUUCCAUCUCUGCGUAAAUCAGCGAUUAUAAAUCAAGCUCACACUAUGAUAUUCAUAUCUUCUUAUUUUGAUUUUGUACGUUUACGUAAUUACUUUGAGGAUAAUGCGUAUUCAUUUGCCAGUCUAUGCGAAUAUACUCCUAGUCCUGAUGUUAAACGCGCGCGAGCACAUUUCUCUAAUGGAAAGCGAGAUUUUUUGCUCUAUACGGAACGGUUACAUUUUUUCAGAAGGUACCAAAUUCGCGGUGUUCGACAUAUUGUAUUUUAUGAUUUACCAGAUCAUCCACAUUUUUAUUCUGAACUUUUAAAUUUGUUAUCAACUACUAUGGGAGGUUCAACUUCAAAAUCAAUGGCAUCUGACAUGCUGACCGAUGAUAAUUUAUUCUCUUGCCAAAUAUUAUUUUCAAAGUAUGAUCAUUUGAAAUUGGAGCGGAUUGUAGGCAGUAAUCGUGUGAACAGGAUGCUGAAUGCUAAUAAAAACAUUUUCAUACUUUCUUGA